UCCCUCUAUAUAUAAUGUAGAAUAAACAUACUCCUCAACCACAGCAAAAGCCAAGAAAGAAACACAUUAUCUUGAGCAACGAUGGCUGGAGAACAAAGAGUUGUAAUUCCAAGGAUGAAACUAGGUUGCCAAGGAUUAGAGGUCUCCAAACUAGGCUUUGGGUGUAUGGGACUGAGUGGUGGGUACAGCGCCCCUGUCUCCGAUGAGGUUGGAAUUUCAAUCAUUAAGGAAGCAUUCGAUUCAGGAAUUACAUUUUUUGACACGGCCGAUGUAUAUGGAUUUCGCACUAAUGAAAUCCUGGUUGGUAAGGCAUUGAAGCAAUUGCCCAGAGAAAAGAUUCAGUUGGCUACAAAAUUUGGCAUAGUUUUAAAGGGUUCUGAUUAUACAAGCAGCGGAAUCAAUGGCAAACCUGAAUAUGUUCGUGCAUGCUGUGAGGCUAGUCUAAACCGUCUUGGCUUGGAUUAUAUUGAUCUCUACUAUCAACAUCGAGUGGACACUUCAGUACCAAUAGAAGAAACGAUGGAAGAGCUCGUAAAGUUAGUAGAAGAAGGGAAAAUUAAGUACAUUGGACUAUCUGAGGCAAGCCCUGACACUAUAAUGAGGGCACAUGCAGUUCAUCCGAUUACUGCUGUGCAGAUGGAAUGGUCCCUCUGGUCCCGUGACAUUGAGGAAGAAAUAAUUCCACUCUGCAGGAAACUUGGAAUUGGAAUAGUUACAUACAGUCCUCUUGGUCAAGGGUUUUUUGGAGGCAAAGCAGUUGUGGAAAGUUUGCCUUCAGAGACACUUCUGAAAUUUCAACCAAGGUUCAUAGGAGAAAAUCUGGAAAAGAAUAAGUUAAUAUAUGCUCGACUAGAAAAUUUGGCAAGAAAAUAUGGAUGUACUACUGCUCAGCUUGCUCUUGCAUGGGUUCUUAAUCAAGGGGACGAUGUCGUUCCAAUCCCUGGGACUACAAAGAUUAAAAAUCUGAAGGACAAUAUUGGAGCUUUGAGAGUAAAACUCACAAAAGAAGAGUUGAAGGAGAUUAGUGAUGCAGUUCCUCCAAAUGAAGUUGCUGGAGUUAGAACACCAUACACCCAAUAUACAUGGAAGUUUGCUGAUACUCCACCAAGAGAUAGCCAUUUCUCAGCCUGAAUUUCUCUAUACAAUCAAAGUGGGAAAGUGCUUUAAUUCCCACUUGAACUAUGUUUCUGUGUAUGACGCUAAACGGUGGAUUAUUGCCUUUUAAUAAUCUUGUUUCUAAUAAUAUGUCAAAAUGUUGGAACUUGGUAAUAUAUAUUACUAGAUAAUAAUCUGCGUGAUGCAGUUGAAUUUUUUUUUAUCA